AUGUCUUCUUCCUCUUCGUCAUCGACGAAUCAAUCCAACGAGAAUCCAAUUCCUCGCCCGAACCGAAGCAAGACUCGAGCCCCCCCACUCGGCGACGUCGUAAACCGCCGUAAUCCUCUCGGAGAUAUCACAAACCAGAAGACCGGAUCUAGAAUCUCCGCUCCGUCGUCUACUCUCGUUCAUUGUUCGAAUAAGAUCAGCCAAUCAAAGAAAGCAACAAAACCUCCCAAGCCAAUCGCGAAAUCAAACUUACUCGUUCCUUACGAAGACAUCGAAUUGCGUAAUGCUUUGGGGGAAGAUGAGGUUGAUGAUAUUGAUAGUGACCUUGUGGAUCCACAGCUUUGUGGUGUCUUUGCUUCCGAUAUCUUCCAGCAUUUGCGUUCAUCCGAGGUGAAGAAAAGGCCUGCUUUUGAUUACAUGGAGAGAGUUCAGUCAAACAUCAAUGCUAGCAUGCGUACUAUCCUCAUUGAUUGGCUUGUGGAGGUUGCUGAAGAGUAUAGGCUUUUGCCUGAGACGUUGUACUUGGCAGUGAACUGUUUAGACCGGUAUCUUUCAGGGAAUGUUAUUACUAAGCAAAACCUGCAGUUACUCGGUCUUCUGGAGAUGGAGUCUUCUGUUCUGAAUUACUUGAAGUUCGAGUUAACAACUCCAACCGCAAAAUGUUUCCUAAGGCGCUUUCUUCGUGCUGCUCAAGGCAAAACAGAGGUCCCAUCAAUCCUGUUUGAGUCACUAGCAUGCUAUCUCAGCGAAUUAUCUCUGUUAGAUUACGCUAUGCUUCGCUACGCUCCAUCACUUGUAGCAGCCUCUGCUGUUUUCUUGGCACAAUACAUAUUACACCCUUCACGUAAACCAUGGAGCUCUACGUUAGAGCAUUACACGUCGUACAGGGCUAAACAUUUGGAAGCAUGUGUUAAGAAUCUUCUUCAGCUAUGUCAUGAGAGUCCCUUAUCCGAUGUAGUUGCAGUCAGAAAGAAGUACAGUCAAGACAAAUACAAGUUUGCAGCAAAGAAGUUUUGCCCCAACUCAUUGCCACAAGAGCUCUUCCUCUGA